AUGACUUUCCAAGGCAUGAAAAAAGUGUAUUUGGACCCCUUGCAGUGGGAAGCGACUGCAGACGUUGUGCUUGAGGCCCCUGAUACCGAUCAAACCUUCACCGUUCCCCCCUAUUGGAUCGACAGCAUCGGACACUUGUCAGGAUUUGUUCUGAAUGCUCAUUUAAGUGAUCAUAAUCCAAAAACCGUUUACGUCUCUCAUGGCUGGGAGUCUCUCCGGUUCGCCAAGACCCUCCUCCCUGGAAAGACUUACAGAACAUAUGUUCGAAUGAUGGAAAGUCCGGGAGGAAUUCUAGUCGCUGGCGACGUAUAUUGCUUUGAGGGGACUUCCAUCAUCGCUGUCUUCAGGGGCGUUACCUUCAUGCACAUACCAAGGGCUGUACUUGAUCAAAUACUCCCACGGUCUAAGCCUGCGACAUCUCGAUCCGCCAGUAUUCCCGAGGAGCGGGCCACCGAGCGAAGAAAAGCUGGCCCGACCGUUAUAUCCGGACUAAAAAUCGGUCAGAGAAAUAUCGAUGAGCCAUAA